UAAAAUACAAACCAAUUGUAUUUACCACCUUUAUCAAAAAGGAUAAUGAAUUUUCUCAAGUUGGUUGUUUAAUGAUUUGUAGGAAAUUGUAAUAAAACCGCACAUCUUUUAAUAACUACCUUGUUAAAUUAAACCUGCCGAAUACGCAGAAGGCAUUGCGCUCACUUCGAUUUUUCGAAAGUUUAAAAAAAAAAAACAUUCUAAAAAAAUAUACUGCCGUUAAAAAAUCGUCAUCAAAAGCUAACGAGAAUCUAAUACGUGCGCACGACGGUAGGCGAAGGCAAGUUAGGGUGGUAGUGACCAGGGUCACGACAUUGCUUGUGGUCACAGCAACGCGUCGUUUACUAUCCACAAACAAAUCAAAUCAAAUCAAAUCACCUUUACAAAGCCAUUGACCGUGUUUGAGCUUUCAUUAUCAUAUUGAAGCUAUUCAAGAAAAGUUCAGGCCAUAACAUAGAUAAAGAGUAAUUUGAGAUAAAAUGGAUCACAGCCCGACAACUGCAACUUUAGCCACGAAUACUGGCAAGCGUGCACAUCAGUCGACAUCGCAACGUAAAAAGUCGGGUCCCAAGUUCGAGCUCUCCGAAGCACAAAAAGCUGACAUUAAGGAGGCUUUCGAUCUAUUCGAUACCGAGUGCACCGGCUUUAUAGAGGUCAAAGAGUUGAAGGUUGCCAUACGUGCACUUGGAUUUGAACCGAAGAAAGAGGAAAUCAAGCGCAUGAUUGCCGAAAUCGACAAAGAUGGCACCGGCCGUAUAUCCUUCAAUGACUUCCUGCAAUUAAUGACCAUGAAAAUGGCUGAGAAGGACACUAAAGAGGAAAUAUUAAAAGCAUUUCGUCUUUUCGACGACGAUGACACCGGUUCGAUUUCCUUUAAGAAUUUGAAGCGUGUAGCACGCGAAUUGGGUGAAACACUGACCGACGAAGAGUUGCGCGAAAUGAUUGAUGAAGCUGACUUGGAUCAUGAUGGUGUGGUGAAUCAGGACGAGUUUUUGCGUAUUAUGAAAAAGACAAGUCUAUAUUAGUCAUAUUUAGCCGAUGGCAGGUUGUAGCAUUGCACAUGGUGCUUAUGCGACUCAUCUUUAUCUUUAUCAUGGUUAUGAUUUUGAUUUUAUUUGCGGGAGGCUUUUCACAUUCUUUUUACAAUUCUGUGAUUUCUAUUUUUGUUACAUUUAAUUUUAAAUAUUUUAUUAUAGUGUGGAUAAUUGCCGUUUACUUACUGCAAUAUCAUUUCUGCACAUACAUAUAAUUAACAUAACUUAUAAAUGAUUACUCUGCUGCACUUAUAUUAAAUUAAUAAUUUAUUAUGUUGUGGAUUGUUGCCACCACAUGUUUACUACUUUUAACUUAUAAUAUUAUUUCUGCACGUACGUAUAAUUAACAUAUUUCAACCAAUUACUCUGCUGGUCUUCAUUAAUCAUAACUUAUAAAUCUACUGAUCUAACAUAUCUAUACAAACUUUUUUCUAUAUACUUGAGGAAUUUUAUUGUUUUACAUAUGUUUAAUUGAAUUUAUUUCGCUAUUCAAAUAUAUGUAUAUCUGCUUACCUGCAGUCGAUUAAAGAA